AUGGGAAUGUCCGAGGCCCAUCCCCUCCCUCUCCCCAAACUCCGCUCGUCCGCGCUCACCACACCCGCCCAGACCCCCGGCUGGCCGGCCACCUUGGGCCCAACCCCACUAGCCGGGGCUCUGGCCCCUAGGCGGCCGCGACCAGUGUUUGCUUCCUCUGCAUCCCUCCCUCGGCCCAGCGACCCCGCGCGAGAGCGACAGCAGGCGGAUGGGGAGGGGGGUGCCUCCUCGGCCCCGGGUCCCUUCUGCGGUCCCUUUAAGAGCCGCCCUUUAAACCCCUUUAGCUCGGCGGACAGAAACUGUCGCCCCUCCCCUCUCAGGGGCCGAGACCAGGCAGCCCCCUCCUCCACUGCCGGCCGAGCCCCGGGGCCCCAGUCCACCGUCGCCGGGCCGGGGAAGGGGCUCUGGAGGCGGUGCGGCCUGAGGAGCGGCGGAGGAGGGGGAAAGGGGGAAUGCGGGCUGCCAACGCCGGACCCUUCCCCUCCCCGCCACCCUGGGCCAGCUGCGGGCCAACCUCCCGCCCCCUCCUCCGGUCCACCCCGCGACCCACAGGGGCCGGCCCUGGACGCCGUUCCCCUCCCCCCGCCCAGCCCAGCCGGGACUCACAGCUGCUGCCGGUUCCUGCUGGGGAAACCAAAAAAUUGGCAUGACUCACUUUAUCGAGAUAUUCACUUUAUUGAAGUGGUCUGCAAUGGAACCUGCAGUAUCUCUGAGGAUGGUGAUAGGCUGCCCCUCUGCAUCCAGAGCUCAGGCUGGGCACCAAAGCUGAGAUGUACUUUGCUUUCAAACAGGAAGCCCCUUCAUCCAGGGCUCUCCCUGCUUGUUACCUGGAAGCUUGCUGGGAGCAGAGGCUCAUCUGCUCAUCCUCUAACCCUGCAUAGCACAGUCUGCAACAGCCCAGCAGGACAAGCACAGCCUAUGGAGUCGGGACUGCUUGGCUAGCCCAUGUGACUUCUGGCAAGAUUCUUGCCCCUUCUGUGCUUCUCCUUCUUCAUCUGUCAACUGGGACUAAAAUGGUGCUUUUGUUAAAGGGUUGAUGAGGGUUACUUUCAUUAUUCUAUAUUAGAUGCUUAUUACAAGCCUGGCAUCUGGUAAGUGCAUAAAAUCAACACUGUAUGUCUAAUUAUUGACUAAUCCUGUUCCCAUUCCUCCAGUUAACCCAAGGUUAAGAGGCUAGCCUGAAGUCAUCCAGCAAAUGAGGAGGGUAAGAGUUAGGAGCCCAAGUGUCUUGAGGCCCUGCCAUUCCCAGGUUUCUGGAUGCUCUGCCCCUCAAAGGCUAAGUGAUGCCAUUUCAGAAACUCCCUGAACUCUACUGACAUGUCAUUAGUUCAACAAAUACUGAGGGUCUGCUGUAUGUCAGGCACUGCUCUAAGCUGGGGAAAGACAGUCAAGGUCACCAAAUUUGGGAGCUUUCAUUAUAGUUGGGAAAACUGGCAAUAAAUAAGCAACAAAUACACCUUUAGACAGUGCUGUGAAGGAAAUGGAUGGCAUAGCAUAAAUAUGUGCAGCAUGGAUCCUUGCUUUGUAUUACUAAGAUACCGACAGCAUCUGUCUAGGACAAAUGUGAGGAAAGCUUGGGUUUUGUAUGACAGAACUGGGUUUGAAUUCGAGCUCCAUGUGACCUUGGUCUGAUAAAUUCAUCUUUCUGCUCAUUCCUAUAUAUAUAUUCCCCUAUACGGAAAUCUGACUGUUACGGUUGCUGUGGGAAUUAAGAUAUAACAAAACAUAAAAUCUUCUCAGUGUUUACUGUUUUUCACAUCAGACAGGUCAAGCUGGAAUCCUUGAUGAGGCCAGGUGGAACUGUAGCCUUGUACUGUAUGUCCUUUUUCAGUGUUUGUUGAGGAGGCGGGUAUAUGGGAACGGGGAAUUACCAGGACUGCUG